GGCGCGGUACAGACUUCUGAAUAGAGCCGCUUGAUUUUGUGAUUAGAGGUGCCUCUAUCGUGCACGUGGAGCAAUUUAUUAAUAUUAAAAUAUAACGAUUACUCAUAAGUAAAUUAUAAACGAUUAUAAAUGAACAAAGUUCAGCAGAGAUGGGAGAAUCUGAAAAAUUAGAAAAUGCAAUCGAAAAGCUGCGUAAAAGUGUUAAUAGUUUUCGUCUUGGAGCUAUUUCCUUGGAUGAUUACAAACCUUAUGAAGACAAGAUCAAAAUAAUGUAUAAUACUUUGACUCAAUUAAAUGCCAGGAUAUUAAUGCUUAAAGCACAUCAUCAUUUUCUCGAAUCGGAAGAUGUAGUAGAGAAAGACGCGCCAACAAAGUGUCACGAAGCAACAUCAAACUGCCUUUUAAAUAACCUAGCAACUAAGUCAUGCCUUCAUUCUUAUACAAUUACAAAUAUUCUGAGUGGCAGGCAAGGUGAUCCAGAUAAGCAAAAAAUAUUUUAUUUUAGAAAAAUGUAUGACUAUAUGCGUAAAAUAUAUAGUAUCAAUGAUGAGUUGAUGAUAUUACAGAAAGAAAUUGAUGAAGCAAUGGAGAAACAAUUAAAUUUGAAGAUAGAGUGCCAAAACAUGUUAUACGAUCAUAAAAAAUUCCUGGAGGUGCAAGAAGAAAUGUGGAAUAAAAAGUUGCAAGAGACAAACCCUGAAAUUGCACGCAACAAGAGGAAGCUGAUCCAGAGAUUAGAUAAAGUCAAUAUAAUGAAAAAACUUAUUGUCAAUUUUAUUGCUGCCUCCAAUCACUUGCUGAUGGAGAAACCAAUCCUGAUAGAGAUGUUAGAGAAACACAGAGACCUGAUCGAUAUCGAUACGAUCAUGAAAAUGGCCCGAAGCAGUACAGAAAAUGAAACGGAGACAAUGGUUCAAACGAAAAGUAAUUAACGUUGUUGAAUGUAACUUCACCAAAGUAAUUUUUUUAUAUUUUUAUAUUAAAUUAUUAGUUUUGCAUAACGAAA